CCACCGCCGACAAGCAGUACUACACCCACGCAACGAGAGCAAAUAUGGCCGACGAUGGCAUGCUCCUCAAUUUCUCCAUACCCGAGGGCGGUAUCAUUGCAAAGCCGACCAUAAAAGGCGGUUCGUGGAAAAGCCGCCUGACGGCGAAGAAAGCGGCGCAAAACUGGCACACCAAGGCGACAGCGCGACUAAACGGCGAAGUGGUGCCUAAGAAAUUGCAGGAGAGUAAGGGCACAGAUGUGAACCGCACAGAACUGGGGCCGAGGACACGGCGUGUAUCGAAGAGCCCGGAGCCUGCGAGCCAGGGCGACCGGCCGGUGAAGAGACCGCGUGUGAGCGGGGACUUCCAGCCGAGGACCACGGAAAAGACAGCGCCCAGCGACUUCAGACCGCAGGCGACAGCGAGCGCGCCGAAGCAGCCGCAGGAGAGGCAGGAGAGGCAGGACGGACCGAAGAAGGGCAACAAGCAGGUCAUCUCGUCUCUGUUCACGUACAACCCAACCUCGACAACCAAGUCUCAACCCGCCGAACGCACCGCUCACGAUGAGGCACCGGUCGAACCUUCGAACGCGCCGCUCAGCAGCGAGCUAGACACAUUCACAUCCCUCGGCAUAUCACCGAUCCUCGCGGCGCACAUGUUGAACAAGAUGGGCAUGAAGGCGCCGACUGCCAUUCAGAAGGCCGCCAUCACGCAACUCGUGAAGGACGACUCGGAUGCGUUUAUUCAGGCCGAGACUGGUUCUGGUAAAACACUGGCAUACUUGCUGCCGAUUGUACAGAGACUGAUGGAGCUAUCUGCGAACAUGAAGAAGCGGAAGGAUGCAGGCGAUGAUGCUGUGCAGAGAAGCUCAGGGCUGUUCGCCAUCAUCUUGGCCCCUACGCGAGAACUGAGUAAGCAGAUUGCCCUCGUACUCGAGAAGCUGCUAGGAUGUGCACAUUGGCUGGUAGCUACCACAGUCAUUGGUGGCGAGAAGAAGAAGUCGGAGAAGGCGCGAUUACGGAAGGGUAUCAACAUCCUCGUUGCGACACCUGGACGACUGGUCGAUCAUCUGGAACACACCGAGGUCCUGGACGUAAGCAACGUCAGGUGGCUUGUUCUCGACGAAGGCGACCGAAUGAUGGAGCUCGGGUUUGAGCAGGACAUGCAGAAGAUUAUCGGUCAGCUCAACCUACGAAUGCGCGCGCACAAGGAGGGCAGGUCAGCGAUCCCAGGCCUACCAGCGAAGCGAACGACCGUCCUUUGCUCUGCGACCCUGAAGAUGGACGUUGAGCGAUUGGGACAGAUCAGUUUAAAGGACGCAGUACACAUCAAAGCAGACCCGGCCGAUAGAGACGAGAACGCCGUCGGAGAACGCGGCGAUGAGGGCUUCUAUGCACCUGCACAACUAAAGCAGUCGUAUGCUGUUGUAGCCCCGAAGCUGCGGUUGGUAUCAUUGCUGGCCUAUCUCAAACGCACAUUUGCGCGGAAGGGAUCGGUCAUGAAGGCUAUCGUCUUCAUUUCUUGCGCCGAUUCAGUCGACUUCCACUUCGACUUGCUGACCAAUCUUGAAGGCGACAAGCCAGCUGUUGAGAAGGAGGCUUCGCCAGAGAAGGACGCCGACUCGUCAGAAGUCAAAGACAGAAAGAAGACCGUCACCCAGUCCGAUCCCACCAAACUCGAAGUCACACACGCAGAAUCUCCUAUCCUCUCUACAAAGACGCAUGCAGUCACCGCCUACCGCCUCCACGGUUCCCUCCAGCAAUCACUCCGAACAUCCACACUUGCUCAUUUCACCAAGAACAAAGAAGCCUCCGUCCUCAUUGCUACUGACGUCGCAUCUCGUGGUCUCGAUCUUCCCAACGUCGAUCUUGUCGUCGAAUUUGAUCCGGCAUUUGCUCGCUCCGACCAUCUCCAUCGCAUUGGUCGAACAGCGCGUGCCGGUCGUGAUGGUCGCGCAUGUAUCUUCCUGCAGCCCGGCUGCGAAGAAGGCUACGUGGACAUCCUCAAGUCUGACCGCAAAGACAACGAGGCAGGUGUUCAUAUUGUUCGUCAAGACGCCGACGACAUCCUCAACAAGGGACUUGUCACCACCGGCAUCAUCGAGAAGGGCGCAUACAUGGAAAAGGCUACAGAUCUUCAACUUGCCAUUGAACGAUGGGCCCUGGCAAACCCUAAGCGCCUGGAAGCAGCGCGAAGAGCGUAUCAGAGCCACAUCCGUGCCUAUGCCACCCAUGUUGCCGACGAGCGCAUCUACUUCGAUAUCAAAUCCCUUCACCUGGGCCAUCUCGCCAAAGCCUUCGCCCUCCGCGAACGCCCCAGCGGUAUGAAAGUUCCUGGUCUACGUACCGGUGCCGGUCGUGAAGACAAGCGUCCCGCGAAGGUCCGCGGUGCUCCGAAGAUCGAUGGCGCGAGCCGCAAGGCCGACAAGGUCAUUCCCAAGAAGGGCGUCCAGGAUCUGGAUCUCCCGCUCGGCGCGGACGAGGAGGAGAGCGCGAAGAUGAGGAAGGCGGUCAGAGCGAAGGAGAAGUUCAUGAGACAUGCUGGUAUGGCAUCGGAGUUCAACUUGGGUUAGACGAGAGCAUCACAUUGGAGUUUAGGUCUUUAGGUUUGUGGGUCACCGCUUUUAGCAUUUCAGGACGCCUCGAGCUCCACGCGAAAUCAUCUUUAGGCAAGACCUGUUGUAGUUUGGCAAUCCGAUUCUUGGACGUCUUGAUGUUGCGUUACCACGCUCUACGUCACGAUGAAACAUACACUGGCUGGAAUCAUGUAGCCAUGACACAUCUCAUCUAGCGUAUAAACCUUUAGUGAUGCUACCGUAUACAUGGUCAGCUUCAGUGAACAAUGGAGUACCAACCAAAUUGGGGGAACGGUACCCUAGUACUGGCCCG